AUGGGGCAAACCGGACACGACCCACGUAGUGGGCACAGUGGGUUAUCUUGCACGGAGCUGACCCGAACGGGGAAAGCAACCACGAGCACCGACGUGUUCGCCUUCGGCUCAUUCCUGCUCGAGGUGGCCUGUGGGAGGCGACCGAUCGAGCUACGUGGCACGCCAGAGUCGAUACUUCUGGUGGAUUGGGUGUUUGAGAAAUGGAAAACUGGAGUUCUUCUCGAAGCAAGCGAUCCGAAUUUGGGAGAGGGAGUUCGGAGUGGGAAAUGGGUUUGGUAUUAA